AUGGACUUUCUCAACCCUCUCAAGCCCAAGGCUCCCGCCCCGAAGAUGCAGUCUGCGUCGGAUGGCCCCCUUAUCUGGGUCGACUGUGAGAUGACUGGACUGGAUCCGGACAGGGAGGAAAUCAUCGAGAUCUUCUGCAUCAUCACCACUGGAAAUCUGCAAGUCGUUGACCCCGAAGGCUGGGGCUGCGUCGUACACCAGACGGAGCAACGCAUGGCGCAGAUGGACGACUGGUGCACCAAGACACACGGUGAUAGCGGGCUGACGGCGGCGGUCAUCAAGUCGACGACGACGCCUGAACAGGCGGCGGACGAUCUGCUUGCCUACAUCAAGAAACACAUCCCGGAGGAGAAGACGGCGCUGCUGGCCGGCAACAGUGUGCACGCGGACCGAUCGUUUCUAAACAAGCCGCCUUACCGGAAGGUGGUUGACCAUUUGCACCAUCGCAUUCUGGAUGUCAGUUCGCUCAAGGAGGCGGCGAGACGAUGGUGCCCGCCGCAGGUCGUGGAUGGCGCUCCCUACAAGCAGGGCUUGCACCAGGCCAAAGAGGAUAUUCUCGAGAGCAUUGCUGAGGCCAAGUACUACAGAGAGGCCAUCUUUGGCCGGACAUGGAGUCGAGGAGAUGGCGGCGUGCAGGAUACGCCAGCCAGUGAGCGGGAUGAGGAAGAGGCCUGGGCGGACAACCUGCUGUAG